CCCACUGACUCCGUUGUGCUUCCAGUUCCAGCAUCAUCACCGCUCAUCAUCACUUCGCUUCUCUUCCGAACCGCUUUGUCACUGGACUGUUUUACUUGGACGUCAGGCAGGCACGCACGCAGGCACGCACGCAGUAUGUCUGACAAGAGUGAGCUGAAGGCCGAGCUUGAGAGGAAGAAACAGCGUAUCGCCCAGAUUCGAGAGGAGAAGAAAAGAAAAGAAGAAGAGAAGAAGAAGAAGGAUGGAGACUCAAAGCGUGUGGUGGAUUCCGCCGCCGCGGGUGCCGAAGACUCGGACCUGGAGAAGAAGAGGAAGGAGGCCGAGGCUUUGUUGCAGAGUGUUGGCAUUGCCCCUGACAUACAACAUGCCACAGCUCAGCCCCUGAGGGUAGUAACAGAGGAUACCUGUCUAUUUCACUACCUAGUCCCCGCCCCCAUGUCUCCCUCCAACAAAUCAGUGGCCAGCGACGCGGGAAGCCAGGAUUCUGGGGACGGAAACGCAGGACCAAGGACUUUGCAUUGGGACCCCGACCCCUCUACUCUGCAACUCCACGCCGACUCUGAGCUGAUGGGGCGUGGGGCCGUGAGGCUCGGCAUGUCCAAAGUGAUUCAAGUGGACAUUGUCCCCAAAGAGAUGGUGUCCUACUCAAAAGAGACCCAGACUCCCACUGAAGCUCACGCAGAACAAAAAGCAGAUGAGGAUGAGGAUGAUGAGAUAAGUGCGGGCCCACCAGUCGAGGUUGCUCAAGAGGAGAAAGAAGACCAGGGAGACCAACAUGAGGAAGACAUUCCCAAAGAGCUGACGGAGGAAGAGAAGCUGCAGGUCCUGCAUUCCGAGGACUUCCUGACCUUUUUCGAGCGCGGCAGCCGCAUUGUGGAGCGAGCGCUGUGCGAGCAGGUGGACGUCUGCUUUGACUACAGCGGCCGAGAUCUGGAGGACAAGGAGGGGGACCUGCAGGCGGGCGCCAAGCUGGUUCUGAACCGACAGUUUGCAGACGAACGCUGGACCAAAAACAGAGUGGUCACCUGUCUCGACUGGUCUCCUCAGUACCCGGAGCUGCUGGUGGCCUCCUACAACAACAACGAGGACUCUCCUCAUGAGCCUGACGGAGUAGCACUGGUCUGGAACCUGAAAUACAAGAAGAGCACCCCGGAGUACAUCUUCCACUGUCAGUCGGAGGUGAUGUCAGCCGGCUUUGCAAAGUUUCACCCCAACCUGGUUGUGGGCGGCACCUACUCGGGACAGAUUGUCUUAUGGGACAACCGCAGCAACAAGCGAACCCCCGUCCAGAGAACGCCGCUGUCGGCCACCGCGCACACGCAUCCCGUCUACUGCGUGAACGUGGUGGGAACGCAGAACGCCAACAACUUGAUCAGCGUCUCCACAGACGGCAAGAUGUGCUCGUGGAGCCUGGACAUGUUGUCCCAGCCGCAGGACAGUUUGGAGCUGGUGUUCAAGCAGAGCAAGGCGGUGGCUGUCACCUCCAUGGCCUUCCCGCUAGGUGAUGUGAACAACUUUGUGGUGGGCAGCGAGGACGGAUCCGUCUAUACCGCCUGUCGCCACGGGAGUAAGGCGGGCAUCACUGAGGUGUUUGAGGGCCACCACGGUCCAGUGACGGGAUUGAGUUGUCAUACAGCGGCGGGACCCGUGGACUUCUCUCAUCUCUUCAUCUCCUCUUCUUUCGACUGGACCGUCAAACUCUGGAGCACCAAGAGCACCCGGCCGCUCUACUCCUUUGAGGAUAGUUGCGACUACGUGUACGAUGCCGUGUGGUCUCCGACGCACCCUGCGCUCUUCGCUUGCGUGGACCUUGCCGGACGUCUGGACUUGUGGAACCUCAACAAUGACACGGAGGUUCCCACCGCCAGCGUGUACGUGGAAGGGGCUCCGGCACUGAACCGCGUGCGAUGGGCUCACUCGGGAAAAGAGAUCGCUACGGGAGACUCGGAAGGACAAGUGCAGGUGUACGACGUGGGCGAGCAAAUCUGCGUGCCCAAGGCCGACGAGUGGACGCGCUUCGUCGGGACUCUGGCCGACAUUAACGAGAACAGAGACGAAGCCGAGGAGCUCGCCAACGUCUGAUGAGGCAAACCUUUUUCGUUUCCUUCCCCCUCUGUACACUACUUCCUGAAAUGACACGAGUUGGCGUCCAGCCUGGAGAAACGUGCAGUGUUCGAUUCGAAUAGAACCAUUUUGAUGUUUGUUUGUGGAUCCCCCUACAAUUUGACAUGUCUCUGGCAGCAGUACAAAAUACUGUCAAUUGAUUUGCUGUCAAAUGUGACCAUUUCCAGGGCUUCGCUGACUGCUCUCAAGGCCUCAAUCAAUAUGCAACUAUUUGUACUCGCACCUUUCUACGUACUAAUGUUGCAUUUUUCCAACAUGUUUGAUUGGAUAUUUCCACAACACACUUGUUCACAAGCCUUUUUGUGUCCUGCUCAGCACAAAUUGGAGACACUAUUUUUGCACUGUGUCCUGUGCAAGGGAGUGUUCCAUAUACAUAUUUAAUACUAUUUAUUCCGGUGCUUGCACUUCUUUCAAAUUUGAUGCGCAUAUAGUACUUUGAAAUGCUGCUUUGCGCUUAAAAGUCUAUGCGCCACACACACUUAGCACUACAAGCUUUUUUUAACCUGAAACUAUUUCGACCUCAGCUAUUAUUUCAUGUCUCAUGCUUUGUUUAAGAACAGUCAUUUUCAGUAUCAAAAUGAAUUUGGAUGAUGAAGGUGUAGUCCAAAGGUCAUUUUUAUAGCUACUUUACCAUCCAACUCCUCAUGUUCAUGUUACAAACAGCUGGGAUCAAAAGUGUUUCUCAAUGUCUUGGACAAUAGUUUGAGAAGAACUUAACUUGUUGCUAAUUAAAAACCAGAAGUGGCUA